AUGGGUGUUGUAACGAAUAAUGAAGGCAUCAAAGCUAAUAACUAUAAUGUACAUCGAAAAGCUGGUAGAAGUAUAAUAGAUCAUCGUCCUGUUUUCUCACCAGACGGAGAAUCUGUGGCUAUUAUAGUGGAGAAUAUAGUGCGUGUGUAUAAUAUACAAACAGGAGAUUGUGUUCGGACACUUGAAACCGAGAUUGCAGUAAAAGAGCUUGUAGCCGUUCAGUUUCCGGAAAAUGAAGACUACAACUUAUAUGGUUGUUCACACACAGGCUAUGUUACAAUAUGGACCUGGGAUAAAGGAGCUGUUCUAAGAGAAAUUAAACUGAAACUCCCAUCUAAUGCUAAAGUUUUAACAUUUGACUUGGUAGACAGCAAUGAAUGUUGCAUUACUUACAAACUACCAAAACAGAAAUACCUUGUACUCAGUACUUUUUCGGUGAAAACUGGAGAACUUUUGUAUGAAUAUAAAGAUACAAAAGUAAUAUGCUUUGACAUGUUACGAAUAUCACUGGGUUGGUGUAACGGAGACAGAUUUGCAGCUCUUACUAAUGGAACAAAGUAUUUGUUCAUUCAGAACCUUCAGCAACCACACUUGAAGACACAGAUCAUAAACCACAAUCAGUAUCGCAUAACAUCAGUGGCGGCACAUCAGAAAACAAAUGCUGUCGCUAUUACAGACACUUUGGGCCGCACCACAAUUAUAAGAGGGAAUUUAUAUGACCACAGGCAAAUUGCUAGGGAGGUGCUGCAUUGGCACUUCUUACCUCCACUUGCGACAUGCUUUUCUUUACAAGGUAAUUACCUGUACACUGGCGGAAUGGAAAAAGUUUUAGUGAAAUGGACAAUGGGUAACCUGGCUUACAGAGCCAAUGAGAAAGCUUUUAUACCGCGACUGCCCGGAAUGAUUAGAUUUAUUACCACAAAUAACAACCAUGUGGCAAUAACAAUGACAAACAAUUCGGUAGUAAUUGCAAACGCUCAGCUGCGAGUAGUCUCCACUAUUCUGGAAUGCGGCGGCUUGUCUCCUGUCGCGCGUGCUGUGGGAGGCGCGUUGGUGUAUCAUCAACCACUUGAAGCAUUGAUCAUAGCAGGACGUACUGGCCAUUUACAGCUUUAUUCUACUACUACAGACAAAGUCCUAUAUAACCUAGAUAUAACAGAAACAAACAGCCUACCAUCAGAAAGAUGGAAUUUACUGCCAUUAGAGACAGAGGUGACUUGCGCAGCAGUGAGCGGUAAUGGCGAGUGGCUGGUGACAUCGGAAUAUAGAAACGAUGGUAUUAUUUACCCAGAAGAAAAGUUGAAGUUCUGGCAAGCACAAUACAAUAAGGCAACACCAUUCCACCUAAAUACAUGUGUUAACCUUUCUCACGGUGGAUGCAAUGUUGUUUCUUUAGCUCUUAACAAGAAAGGUGAAUUUUGUGUAUCAGCUGGGGCAGACCAGAAGUUUAGAAUAUGGAAAAGAGAGAAUACGUCACAGACGCAUCGCAAGACAGUUGCUUGGGCCUGUUUAACGGCAUGCUAUUAUUCAUCAGGUGUUGGUUCGUCCAUCUCAAAUAAUGUCUUGAAUAAUUUCAAAGAGCCUUCAAAGCAUAAACCUGGGAAAGAUGAGGAUUUACCAUAUUUAAGAGAAAUCAAUAAUAAAAAUGAUAUAAUAAAGAGGUUGUUCAAUAUUCACAAGGAGCAUUCACUUGCCGAUGAAAUGGGUAAAGUGUCUAUUGGGAGAGAUGAUAGUUACAGUAUGGGAGGUGUAGCGAUUUCGCAAGACGGUUCUUUGAUCGCUGCCUGGUUCGGUUCGAAGCUGACUUUAUGGGACACACAUCUAUGUAACCUUAGGACUACCCUAUCACAUCCAGCAUUGCGUCCUAAGGGUGUCAAUGUUCUGUUUGGUAACAAAGAUGCAGCACACUAUUUAAUUUGUACAACGGAGAAUUGCCUAGCGGUUUGGAGUCUUUUGUCAUUAACAGUGAAAUGGCUCGUGCAAAUAACACCAACUUGUAUAGCGGCCCACAGGUUUUCUAACAAAGUAGCUGUUGUUACAACUAAUAACGAUGUUUAUGUAUUCACUCCACAUAAUUCGACCCCAAUACUGACGAAGAAAAAGCUUGUUGAUCCGUCCACCGGUGUGUUCAAACAAUGUACAUUUGGGACAUGUUUCGACGACGAUAUUAGUUUGUAUCUGAUGAGGAAUGACUCGGAAAUAUACUGCAUAGAACCAGAGGCAAGUGAGGAAGGCCGUCUAGAGGUGAUAUCACAUCGCAAGUUGCCGACUUCGAACUUUAGUGCGUUGCUGGCAGAGCAACAGCUGUCUGAGGUACAAGCGGGGGGCGCGGUCGACAUAAACGCCGUGGACGUCAGUGCAUUGGCCACUUCGAGUAUAGCUCAGUUCUCUUUAGCAUCGCCACACAUGGUACCAGCAAUCAGCUUACUAUGUACGUCGUUCCUGCAACGCCUAUCUGGAAUGGAGCAGCCGGCAUUGACAGAUGACACGAAAGAAGAACCUAUGGAAAUCGAUGCAGACUCCAGUGAUGAAGAAGAUACUAAUAACAGCAAGCUGAAUGGGUCGUAUUCUCCAAGAGCAACUGAACUCUGGACUCCAAAUUAUGAAGUUGUUAAAGAGAAAAAACUGAAUAGAAUCAAGACAGAACCGUUCUUAGAUUUACAUUCAACAAGUUCUAUGUUUGUGGAAUCAAAUGGUAUUAAGUCGGAAGUAAUGCUUUUUGUAAAAUGCAUGCCAAGGUUCGACAAAUGGAAAGCUGAAUACCUUAACGAAGUUUUGUUUUUCAAAAAAGAAUACAUAAUGCUUACUAAGCUUUUUAAAGAAUUUGAAGACCCAGAAGGUGUACGUAAAUGGAGACCAAAACUGUUAUUUAGUAAAGAAAAUAUAUUUGUUUUUGAAAAUGUACUAGUUCAAGGAUAUAAGAUGCCGGAUCAGGAAGAAACGUUAUCUUUUGAAGAAUUGAAAUCCACCAUCGUGACGUUAGCAAGGUUUCACGCACAAUCAUACAUUUAUGAGGAAAGGAAAAGUAAAGAGUUAGGACGAGCGUACAGAAUAUGGGAGCAGUACAGCGAUUAUUUGCAAGAAUCAAUUAAAGGACUGGACUGGCGUGACACUGGAAGAAAUGCUGCGAUCGAUUUUCUCAAGGAAUAUUCCAAAUAUAAAUUCAAACCUAAUUUCAAUAAAUAUUUAGAAGCCUAUAUGCCAGGGCUAUAUGAUAGGGCUAUGGAACUAAUGAAGCCUUCAACCGAAUAUCGAAAUGUUGUAGUACAUCGCGAUCUUUGGACCAACAACAUAUUUUUAAAAGAAGCCAAUGCCGAUUGUCAUGCAAUUUUUGUAGAUUUUCAAACAGUUAUUUAUUGUUCUCCGAUGCUCGACUUAUCUUCAUUAAUAUAUUUUAACACUACUCGAGCCAACAGACUUAUCUGGACGGAAGAAUUAAUAGAAUUCUACUACAGUAUAUUGUCUCAGGAAUUAGAAGCUAGUGGGAUAAAUGCCAAAGAUAUAUUUAAUAAAAGCACAGUUAAAGAGGCAUACGAGAAAAGUAUUGUAUUUGGAAUCACGCAGGCUAGUCUCGUUACGCCUGUAAUAGUUAUGAGGAAAGAUAAAAGGGAAGAGAUAUUUGGUGACCCGAAGUCUUCUCGAAAAGCAAACGUCGAAUCUCGUAGUAAAGAGUUUAUCGAAAUGGCGAAAGAAGAUGACAAAUAUCGAAUCAGGGUCACAGAAUUGCUAGAUGAAAUCCUUGAAAGAUUCGUAUUUCAAAAAGAUAAUGGGUUACAUGACGCUAUGGCAACAUUGUCAAUUAAGAAAUGUUUUAAUCAUAAUAUCGAGUACAUCACAGAAGAAGAUAUCAAUUUGAUUAUAUCGAGAGACAAUAGUACGAGUAAUGGAAAUAUUUCUAAGUACUAUGUUCAUACUGCUAGCGACAAAAUGUUGGGUUUCCUAUCGGAAUAUUUAAAACUCAAAGUGUGCUUGACGAAUCAGAAAGUUCUUUACUUCUUCAUCAAAGCCAUUUCUAAAACAAAUGUAGCAAAAGCAGAAAUGGUCAAGGAAAUGAAGUUGUUCGAAAAAGAGAUGAUAUUUUACUUAAAUGUUAAGAAAAUUUUAGAAGUACCUGGUAUGGAACCAUGGAGUCCAAGGCUGAUAACACAACUUAAAGAUGCAAUGGUAUUUGAAGACUUAAACGCCUUAAAUUACAAAUUAAAAAAUAAAUUUGAAAGAUUCGAUAUGACCCACACUUUUCAAGCGCUCAGAACAUUAGCGAGAUUUCACGCAUCUUCUAUCAUAUAUGAAGUAAACAAAAGUAAAGAGACGGGCAGACCUUAUAAAAUAAAUGAUGAUUAUAAACAUGUACUGAACAAAGGCGGCUACCAUCUCUUAAGUGAGUGGUACAUUCAAUGCAUGACAGGAUCCUUGGAAGCUAUAAAAGUAUAUUCAAAGUACAACAAAACAGAAAUCCAUUCUAUCGAAAGAUACUGGAGUGAUAUAUGGUCUACUGCUUUGGAUUUGAGUGAAUAUCAUCCAGGACAAACAAAUGUAAUAUGUCAUCGAGAUCUCUGGAAUAAUAAUAUCAUGUUUCACUAUGAAGACGAUAAAGAGCUAGGGCCUGAUAGUUGCUUGUUUGUAGAUUUCCAAGCGGUUCGAUAUCAGCCACCUGCCUCGGACGUAAUGGUACUUCUUUGUUGUAAUCUAGAACCAACAUGUCGUCGAGAAAAUAUUGAUACUUUUUUUAAUUUCUAUUAUGCACAACUUCAGAAAAUACUUUCAAAUUAUAACAUUGAAAUCAAUGAUAUAAUGACUAAAAACGAAUUUUUGGUUUCUGCUGAAGAGCAAACAAAAUGGGGUCUAAUAGUUUGUGCUUGCCUUAUACCGCAAUUUUGGUUGGACGAUGAUCUAACUACAAAUAUAUUUUCUGAUAACGUACAGUUUGAUGAAAUUCUCACGAAAAAUAAAGGGUUGUUUAUAAAGAAAAUGAUGGCACAUAAUGAUUACGAUUACAGGAAGAACGUCAUGGAUAUUUUCGAAGAGAUCGCUGAAAGAUACUGUUUUGGGUAA